CUCAUACUCCCCCCCAGCUGCAAAUCUGACGGGAACCCAGAACAGAAUGAACACCACGAUAACUGCGCAGUUCAAAGGCCCUCUGCGCAGCGCCUCUGUAGACAUCCACUGUCACGACUGGAGAGUGCGAGCUGUGGGGGAUGUAGGAGGCUGGGGGGCCCACGGAGGCUCCAAGGAGGCCCGAGCCACACUGAAGCACACAGUACAGGGAGUAACCAACCCAGCCUUACAGGUGGAGGCCUGGGGGAGGCUCACUGAGUCCCAGCUGAGGUGCUCAAUCGCUGUGAACCCGGAACUCAGCUCCUCUCUGGCCUUCAUCAUGCAGGGACACCAUCGGCCCCACAGCAAGGACCUGAUGGUGAAGGUGGUGCAAAAUAUUCCCAGGAUGUUGGUGUACCUGCCUCCUCAGCUUAAUGUCCGCUCUCAGCUGAACCAGUCUCAGUCGGGCGUAGCAGGGUUGGUGGAGGUGUCAUCAGGCCGGCGAAGGCUGUGGGCGGUGGGGGAUCUGGUAGCCUUAGAGGGUGGAUACAGACAGGCUGUGGAACUCAAACACUCAUACCCACAGUUGAGGCCGCUCCCCAGGACAGUGGCAGUGAGGACGGUAUACGAGGCGAGGAACUGGAGCUACCAGGUCCAGCAUGGAGCGGUGUGGGGCAGCCAGGAGCUAGUCCUGUCCGGGCUCUACUCUGCUCCUCCAGCGCUGCACCUGGGGAACCAGACCCUGAAGGUUCAGGUCAGCUGUGUUCCCCGCAGGUCCAGUCUGGAUGUGACUCUGGAGCGCUCCCCACAGGGCCGGCAGGACAGUGUGUCUGUGGGCUGGGUCAGGCACGGCCAUCUGGAGCAGGUCCGGGCUUUGAGCUGGUGGAGUCGCUCAGAGGAGAGCAGUGAGAGCAGGGUGGAGCUGCAGCAGCCUUUCUCCUCCACCCUCAGCAGCCUGUCCCUGCACAGCCUGACACAUAGCGCUCUGACGGAGCACCGCACCAGCCACCAGACCCAUCUGUCAUGGAACAGCAUGGUGCCCGUCAAUAUCUCCAUCAGCCUGAACAAGCAGUGGCAGAACAACUCCAGCAGGGGGCAGGCCUGCGCUCUGUUCUCCACACAACAGAUGGCGGUGUCAUCUGUCAAAGGUUGUGUAUCAAUGGGUCAGGAGGGAAACUCGUAUUCCCAGAAUGCAGAGUUAAGAUGGGACAACAGGAGCGUCAAACAAGGCAUGAAGUACCAGAGGGGUCCAAGGGGAAUGCACAGCCUUCAGGUGAAUGUGUGGCUGGAUAAAGUGUCCCCCGCGCCCUGUCCUUCACACACACUCCUGACAAAGAUUCAGACCAACCUGAGGGAUCGCCUGGAGCACACAGUGCUGCUGGGCCUCUGCCCUCCCCAGCCUACUUUAGCGUGGUCAGGAUCCCACAGAGUGAACUUGGGAGAGGAGCUUUUAUACUCUCAGUCUCGCCUCUCAGUGACAGGACGGCCCCACCAGUGCAGCCUCACCGUCGCUUUGACCAACUCCUCCACAGCUCAGGGCUCCAACAUGUCUCUGUUCUCCGAGUCUAGGAUGGGCAACUGGAGUUUGGAGGUGGCGGCCAGCGUCCUAUCUUGGCCCCGGGGGUCCGCUCUCCAGGUGCAGGCCAGACUGGAUGGCACAGAGAAGAUCUGGCUGAACGGAACGGCAGAGGGAUCAUGUCUGCAGAGCACAGCGGGUUACAUGAACGGUCUGAGCGAGGACGUCACAGUUGUGGCGUGUGUGGGAACAAACGGCAGUGUUACGCUGGAUGUGCAGAAAAGAGACGGCAGCAGCACAGAUCCAGAGACUCUUGGCAGUGUUUGUGUGGGAGCAGCCAAUCAGAGGAUGAGGCUGAGGGCUGGAGGCUGUUUGGAAAGUAUGACAGCAGUGGAGGCACGGAUUCAAUAUCUAAGCACUCGGAUACAGAACAAGCUGCUGGAAAGAAUCAAGACAUUGCAGUAUCUCCUCGUGGAAUUCAGACGACAGUCCAGGGACAGCGAGGUGCUACAGGAGCUGAGUGCUGUUCCUCUUCAUGUUUCCCAGCGAGCUCAGGCUCUGCUGCAGCACAGACACGGAGGUCUGUUGGCUCUGUGGCAGCACAGCCCCCUGCGCCGCAUCCUGACCGACAGCUUGCCGCGUUUUUUCAGCCUGCUGCAGCACGCCUCUCUGCUCGGACAACAGGAACUGAGGAGGCCCCUGGCCACUUUGGCAGGUGUGUACCAAGAUGUGAAGGGCCAGAGGGUGGAGGCGUUGUGGAGGGAGGCUGUUUCUCUGUGGACUGACGGGCUGAUGCAUGUCCUCCCUGUGCUGCUCGGGAACCCUCAGCUGAGGCCCCUGGCUCAGGCCGGGGUCACUACGCUCAGCACUGCCCUGGAUGUGGCAGGACAGCAUACCUACCACUGGAUGGAGAACAGGUUGGCGAUGGCUCUGUCUGGGGUCAGGAAACGCCUAGCCUCUGUCUACAAAUUCGCCCCCAGUGAGUGUUCAGUGGUUGUGUCAGUGCCAUUGCCACCGCUCCCUUGGUCCAGGGUGUCCAAGGCUGGACUGCUGGAAAUCCUUCUGGAGGAGUGGCUCCUGAGGCCCCUACAGACCCUCGCCACUGUCAGGCCCACAGCUGAAUUUUACCGCCUCAAACGGAAGAUGAUGGACAGCCCGUUUAAACACCAAGCUCUGUUGGUGGCAGAUCAGUUUGUAGUGACAUUUGACGGUCAUCUGUAUGAGCUCCCCGCCUCCUGUGCACUACUCCUCGCUCAAGACAUCAGCGCUAAGCCUUCAUUCACACUGCUGCGCAAUUCAGACUUCCUUCUCAUAGGAAUGAAUAACAGCACUGUCACCAUUCAGCACAAUGGACAGGUGAAGGCCAACUGCAACAACGAUGUUACGCGCACAUUUCACAGUGACAAUGGAGUAACAGUCAAAAGAGGGUCAAACAUUGUGCAGGUGUCCAAUCAGAAUGGGGCGUCCGUGUCAUGUGACGUGUUGCUUGAGCUGUGCAGCUUCACUCUCAAUGGAUGGUUGCAUGGUAUGUCCACUGGUCUGUUGGGAACUAAUGACAAUGAAGCUGGGAACGAUUUUCCUUUGCUCGAUGGUUCUCAGGCUGAAAACUUGGAGGAGUUCUUCCACAGUUGGCAGAUGAAUCUGGAUUGUAUUAAAGCUCCAGGUGUAACAGAGCCCCUCCCUAAAGCAGCCACUGGCCCUGUCAGCUGUGACUCUCUGUUCUCCUCUCCUGAUUCCCCGCUGAGCUCCUGUUUCAGGGUGGUGGAUCCCGGUCGUUUCUUGUCGGUGUGUAAACUGAGCUCCUGGAGAGCACCCUGUAGAUUAGCAUCUGCUUUUGUUCAUCUCUGCCAGCAGAACUACAUAACUCUGGAGGUCCCUGCCCACUGCUUGAAAGUAUGACCGGACACGCUGGUGAAGGGUGAACAUGGGUGAUUCAUGACAGCUGGUAGCUGCUAAAACUGACACAUUUACACAUUUAAACCACUGUUUGUGCUACAUUACUUUAUUUUGGGUUUCAUUUUGUACUGAAUUGUAUAGUUACACAUUGUUAUACCUCACUUUUGUCCUAUCUAGACAUCCAGAUACUGUCCAGUAAUAUGAAUGUGACCAUAAUAACUAUGGCUAGUUUAUUAUUAAUCACAAGGCCUCAUUUUUUAUAUUGUAUGUGGUCUGUAGUACAAACACUGAAAACUAUUUUACAGCACACAAAGUAACUAAUCCUAACAAGCAAACGUGGACUAUAAAGACAUCAACAAAUGCUUUUGAUGAAGUACAUUUAUUACCUUGGUGUAUGCUAUUUUACAACUGUUUAUUAAAGGCAGAACUAAUAGAGAAGAGGGUAAAACAUGUACAUAAUUAAGAAAAUCCCUAUGAAACUUCACCAGUUGAUU